UCAAUCAAUCCCACAGAGAGUUUCCAGCCAGCAGCAGCCCAGCAUUCCACGACCCAAGAGGUAGACAUUGCCCUUGUCAACCACCACCAACCACUACUACAACCACCACCACCCGUCGUCCUCGACGGCACUCUACUCCAAACACACACACCCGGCGUCGAGCACCGUCAACUCGGCCUCAAACCCUUUAGCCCCCUCCAAAAUCUCGACUCGGCCUGGCCGUGCUCACCCCACUCUCCAUCCAACCCCCUCCUUCGGACACCAUUCCGCUCCUUCACCCACCCCACACACCUCGGUGAAUCGCCUCGCAAUGACCUGGCAACCUCAGGCCGAGGGCCUCCGGACGGUCCUUGACAUGCUGAGGGACUCGUCCAGCCCAGACUCGACAGUCCAAAAGGCAGUGGCAAAGAAACUCCACGAGCUCCGCUUCAUCCCAGACUUCCUCGCCUACCUGUCACAUGUCCUCGUGCAUGGCUCGCAGGAGGCUGUCUCGCACCGUGCUGUUGCCGGUCUUCUUCUCAAGAACGCCCUCAUUCAGAGGACCGGUCCAGCCUUGACUGAUGGCGACGCCAUGGCAAUGAACUAUGUCAAGAGCACAGUCCUGCUCGGUCUGGCCGAGCCAGAGAUCAUGGUCCGCCAGACGGCCGGCACAGUCGUCAUGGCUAUCCUUGCCAACGAGGAGACCGGCGCUUGGCCCGAGGCCUUGGACACGCUGUCCAAGGGCAUGGCCUCGCAGGACGAGAAUGUUGUUGAGGGUGUUUUCAACACGUUCCAAAAGAUUUCCGAGGAUUGCCCUCAGCGUCUCGACAUGACCGUGGGCGGCGCCAACCUUCUUGACCACCUUGUCCCCGAGUUCAUCAAGUUCACUGGCCACUCCAGCUUCAAGGUCCGCCUUUACGCCCUCGAGACCCUUCAGUCGCUUUCGGCUCUUCAGACGCCGGCUGUCACGGCUAAUGUCGACGCCUAUCUCCAGGCCUUGUUCGCCCGCGCCACUGACAACUCGGCCGACAUUCGUCGCAGCGUCUGCGCUGCCCUCGGCUUGAUUCUCAGCCACCGCCCCGACAAGCUGGUCCCCGAGAUGAAGAACGUGGUCGACUACAUUGCCUACUGCACCAAGGACCCGGACGAGACGGUCGCCCUCGAGGCGUGCGAGUUCUGGCUGACAUUUGCCGAGGACCCCGCUCUCAAGGACCAGCUCCUUCCCUACAUUGGCCAGAUCGCCCCACUGCUCCUGCACGGCAUGGUCUACUCCGAGGUUGACCUGUUAUACCUCGACAACGAUGACGAUGACGAGGCCGUCCCCGACAAGGAGAGCGACAUCAAGCCUCGCAACUAUGGUGGCAAGACCCACGGUGCUCACGAGACGAACGACCCUUCCUCGUCUUCGGGCGGUGCCGGCAAGUCUCGCGAGGCUGCCGACCGUGCCCUCGACGAUGAUGAUGAGGACGACGACGACGACUUUGACGACGACGACGAUGAAGGAGCUGCCGAGUGGAACAUCCGCAAGUGUUCGGCUGCCGCUCUCGAUGUCAUGGCCGUCUCAUUCGGCAGCACCCUCCUUGACAUUCUCUUACCCUACCUCAAGGAGCGUCUGUUCAACGACGACUGGCGCCAGAAGGAGAGCGGUAUUCUUGCUCUCGGUGCUAUCGCCGAGGGCUGCAUCGACGGCCUCGAGCCCCACCUUCCCCAGCUUGUUCCUUGGCUCAUUUCGGCCCUCAAGGACAAGAAGGCUCUCGUCCGCUCCAUCACCUGCUGGACCCUCAGCCGUUACUCGAGCUGGGUGGUCGCUGUUUCGGCCACGGACAAGACGCAGUUCUUCAUCCCCGCCAUGGAGGGCCUUCUCCAGAUGGUGCUUGAUGUCAACAAGCGCGUCCAGGAGGCUGGUUGCAGCGCCUUUGCUACUCUUGAGGAGGAGGCUGGUGGCGAGCUCGUGCCCUUCCUCGAGCCCAUCCUUCGCAACCUGACGUACGCCUUCACCAAAUACCAGCAGAAGAACCUGCUCAUCCUGUACGACGCUCUUGGAACUCUUGCCGACUCGGUCAUGGGCGCUCUCGGCACGCCUCAGUACCUCGAGAUUCUCAUGCCCCCUCUCAUUAACAAGUGGAUGUCGCUGGGUGACUCCGACCCUGAUCUUGUCCCCCUCCUUGAGUGCUUGUCGUCGGUUACGCUCGCAUCCGGCAAGGCCUUCCAGCCCUACGCGCAGCCCGUCUACCAGCGCUGCCUGACCAUCAUUGCGACAUCGCUCCAACAGUGGGACGCGUUCACUGCCGACCCCGACAACGUCGAGGAGCCCGACAGGACAUUCAUUGUCGUGGCCCUUGACCUUCUUUCGGGUCUCGCCCAGGGUCUCGCGGACCAGAUGCCGGCUUUGAUCGAGCAGGCUCAGCCUCCUCUUCUGCAGCUCAUCGCCCUCUGCUUAAACCACUUUGAGCCUCCUGUUCGCCAAUCGGCGCACGCCCUGCUGGGAGACAUGGCCAUGACCUGCUUCCCCUUGUUGAGGCCAUACGUCCCCGAGCUCAUGCCGGCCAUCAUUGAGCAGAUCACACCCGAGCCUCAGCCCGACUGCAUUAGCGUGUGCAACAACGCUGCUUGGGCUGCUGGAGAGAUCGCCAUCCAGUACCGCGCCGACGCCACCCCCAUCGAGCCAUUCGUCGACGACCUGAUCCGGAGGUUGAUCCCCAUUCUCCUCAACCCCAAGUCGCCAAAGUCUCUGUCCGAGAACGCCGCUGUCACGAUUGGUCGUCUUGGUCUUGUCGCCACGGCCCGCGUCGCGCCCCACCUCGGCACCUUUGCUCAGGCAUGGUGCACAGCACUGUGGGAGAUCAAGGACAACGACGAGAAGGACUCUGCGUUCCGUGGAUUCUGCAUGCUCAUCGGCGCCAACCCGGCCGGCCUGGAGAGCAGCUUUAUCUGGUUCUGCAACGCCGUCUGCAAGUGGCAGCACCCUUCGCGCGAGCUUGACGGCAUGUUCCGCUCCAUCCUGCAGGCCUUCAAGGCACAGCUCGGUGCUGGCUGGGACGCGCAGGUCGCAGCGUUCCCGCCCGUCAUCCGUGAGCGCCUGCGCGAGCGCUACGAUGUCUAGACGGUUUAUUUUGUUUGUCGAGAUUGGUUUGUCCGAGCACCGUCUGUGAUGGCUAUUGCAAGUCAAGCGCCUCGCUCUCGGAGGCAGCUAUACCACCGCCGAUAUACCACACACAUUUAGAGUAGGCACACACUGGCAUCUAUACCCUUUUAUACAUUGUUCAUAGCACAAAAGUAGGUAGACAAGGGCGCACGCCCCACCACCUUCCCCCCUCCUCCCCAC